CAUAACAAAAUGUUUGCUUCUUUUGAAGAGCGAUUGUGCGAGCAAAUCCGUCGAUACCCGCACAUAUACAAUUCAUCAUUGAGAGAGUACAAAGACAACCAGCUGUUGUUGAAGUCCUGGCGAAAAGUCGCUCAAGCUCUUGGCAGAGAUGAGAAUUUCUGCCGUCAGAAGUGGAAAUAUCUGCGAGACAGAUACGUGAGGGCCAAGAGAAAGCUGAAAGGCAGGAGAUGCGGUCCCUACUCACCUAUCAUUAUUUCCAAGUUAGAUUGGCUCUCUGACUUCAUCAGGCAUCGUCCAACGGAGUCAGAAGAGUUGGAAGGAUCUAGUGAAACGGUGAUGUUGCAGCUGGAGUCAGUCACUGCUGGUCCCUCUGCUGAACAAGUCCCUCUGUGUUCAGCUACCCGUGUUUCCCUGCCUGCUCAGGGAGAAACAUUGCUGCCAUCAGCAUCUCUGGAAAAUGCAGCAUCCCCUGUACCAUCUGGACGAGUGUCUGCUGGGGAUCGUCAUCUUGCUCUGUCAUCGCUGCGCCUCUUGGUUCCCCCACUUAGGCUGAUGUCAGCCUGGAUGUGGCAGGUGGCUCUGGAGCGAAAUGUGGAACAAUAUGGAAAACUGGCCGAAUUCAUCAUAUUGAUGACAGAGAUGGUCCCAGAGCUUAUGAACUACAAGCAGAGUAUUCAGCUGAUCCUGGGACUAAGAUCUCGGAUUAUCUUGGAAUUUCUAAAGAAAGAGGAUCCCAUUGACUGUGAUACUAUCCAGGAACACCUCAACAUUUUCCAAAAGAGCACAACAAACUGCGAUGAGGAAGAGGAUCAAGACACAGAGGUGGAGAUUUCAAAGUCGGCAUUUGUGGAGCUGGUUCAAAUGUUACUUAAUGACAAACAUGAAAAGGACAAAUUUUUCAAGGAGGUGUUCCCAGCACUCUAUGGAGCCCAUUUUGAUACAGUGCUGCAGAUCCUUUUGUGGGAGUUUCUCUACCGACUAGAAGAGUUUUUCACAAUACCAAGUUUUUCAAAGGUAUCCUCCAUAUUUGACCUGUAUUCCUAUGACUUCCAGUUUGAGCAGUUUGUCUCUGAUCACGAGGACCUGAAGAAGAUUGUGCAGCAUCAAAAACAGCGACAAAAGUUGACUCAAAGUGAGUUCUCCUUCAUGUCGGACACCAUUUUGUCCACACUUGCAUCUCACCAGACAUUAGUGGCAUCAGAAGAUAGCAUUGAUAGUAUGAUUGGUGAGAAAGGUGACAACAGCAGUGAUGGAGAGACUGACAACACUUCUCAGCCCCAGGACUGCAGACUGUCCCCAUGUCCUGAAGAAGGUGGUGUGACAAGUGAAACAGCUGGUGAAACCUCCUUCCAACAACCCAGAUGCUCAGAAAGCUCAAUGGAAGGAGUGAAAGAACAUCUGGAUCUAAGUAGAAACAAGGAGGCAUCAGAAGAGAGCAUGAUCAAGUCCUCGACAGAAAGCAGAGCUGAUAUCUCCCCUGUGUUCAGAGAGGACUCCAUAAGGUCCAAUAAAAACGCCUGCCAGGAGUGUGGAAGGACUUUUACAUCAAGUUCCCUCUUGAAAAGCCAUCGUUACGUUCAUUCUUCAGAGCGGCCAUUCAAGUGCACUCAGUGCAACAAGACAUAUAAACGUUCUAAAGAUCUGCAUAGGCAUGUCCUUAUUCACGCCAACUUUGGAUUGCCGGCUUUUGCUUGCACUCUUUGUGAGAAGAAAUUUAUGUCUCACUCUUCACUUGCAAAACAUAAGCGACGUCACAGUGGAGAGAGGCUGUUUGCCUGCUCGCACUGCAACAAGAGGUUCUGGACAAGCUCAGACUUGAAGUCCCAUAUGCUCAUUCACACUGGUGAGCGCCCGUACGCAUGUACUAUUUGUGACAAGAAAUUCACACAGCCGUAUGUGCUCACAGUUCACCUCAGGAUGCAUACGAACGAGAGGCCGUAUCUGUGCAGCACCUGUGGUAUGUCAUUCUGUAGCUCCGGGGCCCUGCUGGUACAUUCACGCAGACACACAGGGGAGCGGCGUCAUCAGUGUGAAUCCUGCGGAAAACGUUACUUUUUAGCUUCACAUCUGGCAGCACAUCGUAAAUGCCAUACUAGAGAGAGGCCUAUCCUUGCUCACGAUGUAGUAAAUCCUUUCACUGUAGUUCAGAACUGA